AGUGUGGAGAGAAAGGGGCAGAUAGACAAACGGUAACGGAACGCUUGGAGAAAUACGGAUCAAUCUGGUACAUUUCGCUCAGGCAGGAGAUUUGCGUGAGGUGGCAUCUGCGACGUAGAAUUCCAGGUGGAUUCCAACCAAGUGACCCCAUUUUGUUUGGAAAAAAGGUUUCAUAUAAAAGGUGGAUUGUGAUAUAUCGAUUAUUAUGGGUUCCAAAAGGCACCGCUCAAAGACUGCCGUGGUUUUACACAACUCUCCAAUGGGACUUUCUCUACUGUUGCUUCUUCUACCGUUGUCCGUUGCCUUCAACUUGGAUGUGGAGAACCCGACGGUGUAUAACGGACCCAGGGGCAGUUAUUUCGGGUAUUCGGUGGACUUUUACAUGGUUGAGUCAAGUGUGAGUAUUAUAGUUGGAGCACCCAAAGCCAACACCAGCCAGCCUAACAUCACAGAGGGAGGUUCUGUCUUCUAUUGUCCAUGGAGCCUCAACCAAUCACAAUGCAGCAGCAUCACGUUUGAUCGAUUCGGAGAUCAAAAUAUGAGUUUGAAUGAAACAUUUUACCAGGGAGAGUUUAAAUCCCAUCAGUGGUUUGGAGCAACUGUACGAGCACAUGAAGAUAGCGUGCUGGCUUGUGCCCCCCUAUACUCAUGGAGAACCCAGCAGGACACGCCUAGUGCCGAUACCACAGGGUCAUGUUAUCUCUCUGUCAAAAACUUCACCAAGUUUGUGGAAUAUGCACCGUGUCGCACAGAAUUCCCAGGAAGAAAAGGCCAAGGCUACUGUCAAGGUGGAUUCAGUGCUGAUUUUACUCAGGAAAGAAUUUUUUUAAUACACCUGUAUAAAACAAAAUUCACCUCCAAAUCGUUGGGCCAUCUCUGCUGUUGUGUCUACUGUUCUCACCUAGAUACUGUUGCUAUGUUACAGAAAGGAAAGGUGGUGCUUGGAGGGCCUGGUAGUUACUUCUGGCAAGGCCAAGUGAUCACUGCAGUUAAACAAGAAAUAGUAAAGGCUUAUUACCCCGGAUACUUCUUGACAUCAGUGGAUGGCCAGAUUCAAACCAGACAGAUAAAAGAGAUCACCUUUGAUGACAACUACAUGGGUUACUCUGUGGCUGUGGGCGAAUUCAGUGGUGAUGAUGAUGAAGACUUUGUGACUGGAGUUCCCAGAGGAGUAAGACUCCAUGGACAGGUUUCUAUUCUCAAUGGUUCGCUGGAUAUGCUGAAAAACUUCACUGGUGAGCAGAUGGGAUCCUAUUAUGGCUAUGCAGUCGCCACUACUGACAUUAACAAUGAUGGGAUGACCGAUCUGCUGGUUGGUGCUCCCAUGUUCAUGGUUCGUGACUCUGAUGGGAGGUUGGAGGAGUUGGGUCGGGUCUACGUGUACCUGCAGAACGGACCUUUGGAUCUCACACCUCAGCUACCACACCUCACCGGCACUCAGAUGUUUGGCCGUUUCGGAAGCUCAAUCACACCCCUCGGGGACCUUAAUCAAGAUGGCUACAAUGAUGUGGCCAUCAGUUGUCCGUUUGGUGGGGAAAACAAACAAGGUUUGGUGCUCAUCUAUAAUGGUCACGCUGGAGGUCUUGGGGACAAGCCCUCUCAAGUUAUCGCCGGCCAAUGGGCUUCAGUCGUACUCUCAGCUCUGCCUGCCAGUUUUGGUUAUGCCCUCCGUGGAGGAAAGGACUUGGAUAACAACGGCUACCCAGAUCUCAUUGUUGGUGCAUUUGGUGUGGAUACUGCAGUUCUUUACAGGUCUCGUCCAAUUGUUAACACCAGCGCAACCCUAAGUAUUAACCCAACUAUGAUUAAUCCAGAGGAGAAAGUUUGCAUCAUAAACCGUGGGAAUGAGACCCUGCAUGUGUCCUGUGUCAACCUGAGCUUCUGCCUCUCAGCCAAUGGGAAGCACCUACCAGAUUUUCUCGAAUUUACCGUUAAUGUGCAGCUGGACCGUCUGAAGCUUCAGCAGAAGGGGGCUGUACGGAGAGCUUUGUUUUUAGACACCCAGCUACCCAGUCUACAGAGAACUCUAACUGUGCCAAAUGGAGCCAGAUUAUGCAGUGAAACGAAGAUCUUCUUGCGGGAUGAGAAGGAGUUCAGGGAUAAAUUGUCUCCCAUCUUCGUCGCUCUCAACUUCAGCCUGGACCCACAAGCAGCAGCAGACAAACACGGCUUGAGACCCAUCCUCAACUACCAGACAGCAGAGCUCAUCGAACAGAAAGCCCAGAUUUUACUGGACUGUGGAGAGGACAACAUCUGUGUCCCUGACCUGAAACUCUCUGUGAAUGGGGACAGGAAGGAGGUGUACAUGGGUGGUGAAAACUCACUGACCCUGACUUUCAACGCAAAGAACGAUGGAGGCGGAGCAUAUGAAGCGGAGCUCUAUGUGGUCUUGCCACCAGAGGCCGACUACAGCGGAAUAGCCCGCAAUAAUGAGAGUCUGACCCAGCUGACCUGCAGUUAUGAAACGGAAAAUCAGACCCGUUACCUCAGCUGUGACCUGGGAAACCCUAUGAAAUCAGGCACCAACUUAUGGGCCGGACUGCGAUUCACAGUACCACGUCUGAAGGACACACACAAAUUUGUGCAGUUUGACCUGCAGAUCCGCAGUAAAAAUGAGAAUAACUCCCAGAGUGAAGUCGUCCCCUACAAGGUGGAGGUUGUGGUCCAGUCUGAUGUGAUUCUUCAGGGCAUCUCUCGACCAGACAAGAUCUUCUUACCCCCUCCGAACUGGAAGGCGACCAAGAAUGUAAUGGUUGAACAGGAUGUUGGACCCUCCGUCAAGCACACUUAUGAGUUGGUGAACAACGGGCCAAGUAAUAUCAGUCACACAAUACUGGAGCUGAAAUGCCCCAUGAAGCUUCAAGGUAAUAGGUUAAUUUACCCACUGGAGGUCAUGACUGAGGGUCCCGUUAACUGCACCACCCACAACAUAAUCAACCCCUUGAACCUCAAGCUCCAGCAGUCAUCCACCGAGCAGCCUCCCUUACGAGACGCAGCACAAGGACACCACUUAGAGAAGAGAGAAACGCACAAGGGUUCUCAACUGUCCCAACUGACUAAUCUGUCUUGCUCUAGUGUGGAUUGCUGGACUCUAACGUGUAAUGUUGGCUUGUUGGGGUAUGGGAGCCGUGCCAUACUACAUGUUCGCUCACGGAUCUGGGCCGAAACAUUCAUGGAGAAUCCGUAUAAAAACUUAAUUCUGGAGUGUCUUGCUAGUUACAAAGUGGAAAAGAUGCCAUAUGCCAUUUUGCCCAAGGUGACUUCUAGUGGUGCUAAAAAGUUGGUCACUCCUGUAGUCUGGAUCAAGCCAGAGAGUUUGUAUGCUGUUCCUCUGUGGAUCAUCAUUUUGGCUAUUCUAGCCGGCCUUCUGCUGCUCGCACUGCUGAUCUACGUCCUCUACAAGCUUGGCUUCUUCAAGAGAACUCCCUAUGGCACUGCCAUGGAAAAAGCCCAGCUCAAACCUCAGGCUGCAUCUGAGGCCUAAACUACUAGAGCAUUCAGAGAACACAUGCCAAAGAAUGUUCCUUCACCAGAGGCCAUCCAAAAAGAAUUGCUGUUUUAAAAAAGACUAAACUGCAGUAGAAGGAAUAGGGAUAAAAGAUCACUGGAUCUUCACUGUACUGCACUAGAUGACGAGACCAUGAGGACUCAAAGCCAAAUGAAUGUUGACAUGCGUGUUUAUUUUAUUUUAUUGUUUUCCUUGAUGUUGGAUUUGAAUUUUAACCACCACUUAUAGUCUACCACUUACAAACAGUUUGGGCUAAUCUUAACCAAAACUCAGGAUUGCUUCCCUGGCAACUGGCUAAAGGAGAUAAACAGCAACAAAUAGAGUCUCUCCUAUGGAUUUUGCCCAAUACUCACUCAUCUGCACUAUUAAUAACAGGAACAUUCUUAACAAUUUACAUAGUUUUUUGGUCUGCACCGGCUCAUAUGCUUUAAGUGUUUUAGAUGGUUUAUCAAUCUGCAGUGCAGCAUUUUACAUUUUCAGCAUGGUAUUUUGUCAUGCAUAUGCAUAUAUAUUUACACCAAAAAAAAAAAAACAUCUAUGCAAUAUUUCACAAAGAAUCAAAGAUUUUGAUACAGGUGGUGUUUUUUGUUUUGUGUGUUUGUUUGACGUGUUUUUAAAGUUAGAACAAGUUAGUUGGAUACCUCACCGUGGACCCUCAUCUCCAUUUUCCUGCUGUUUUUAAGAUAUUCCAAAUGUUUUUUUUUGUUUUUUAUUUGUUUAUGGAAAGUCUAUGCAGGGCCAUUGCUUAAAUUCACUGGGCCUGGGACAACAUUUUUAUGAGUUGGCCCCCAUCCCUGGGCCCAAAGAGUAGACUAUACCAUAGGGGAUGUUACUGGGGCCUUAUUGUCAGGUUCUUCGAGGCCUUAGAGGGGUUGUCCAUUAGAAUGUGCUGUUUUCAGAUCAGUCACCUCUGUAUCUUCUAAAUAAGACAAGCCAAAUGGUUUCGGUCUCGGGUGAAACUGUGGAAAAGUAGCGUACAUUUCCACAGAAACAUAGUCAGGAUCCUUCACGGAAGGCGACUUCUUCCCUACUGACUGUCAACUGUUUAUGUCCUGUUAUCUUGCAAAGUCCAUUGUAACUAAUGGUAAAGGUGCCUUAAAAGUCAUCUGGGACAUGACUGGAUCCACACCGAGCCUGUGAAACCUCGCAAAUGCCUUGAAGCAGAGCUCUGCUUUGCCUUUGCCUUCAAUACCGACUCUUGGGCCAAAGAGUGGAAAGGGUCAGAAAAUGGGGGCCGAUUUCUUCCUAUAUGGACCCCUCUGUUGUCCCUCCAAACGUCUGUGGGCAAACAGAGAACCACUGUGGACUUGGAAUGAGAUUUUCGCAAAGUCCGUUUGUCAGUGCACAUUCAGGUUAUUUUGUACACAUAUGCAUACAUAAACAUACAUAUAUUAAAGGGAUAGUUCACCCAAAAAUCUAAAUUCUGUUAUGUCGUCACAAACACGGAAUUUCUUCCGUGGAACAUUUUUUCCAUACAAUGAAAGUGAACAGUGACCAAGCCUGUCUCGAGUCCCCAAUCCACUUUCAGUUUGUUUAAAAGAGCAGCUUGUACGUUCUGCUAAAUAUCUUUUUUUCAUGUUUUAAGGAAAGAAAGUAAAAUGGGUUUGGAAUGACACAUAACAUUUUAUCACACAAAUGUUUUUAAGGUUAAAAGCAACUGACUCACGGACUAAAAGCAGACCUCUUCCAAGGCAGCACUCUCAUCCAGGGAUUGAAUGUUGACCUGUAUAGUUUUUGUUUUGUCUAUAAUGUUUGUGCGUCUGUGUAUUAAUCUGCUUGUGUGUGACCAUAUGUGUGCUUAUGGAGAGGUGUGUGUCUGGAUGUGAAGAUAUGAGAGUUUGUUGUCCAAAUGCUUGCGGAGAGCCACAGUGAUUGACAUUCAAAACGUAGAAAUGCCUCUGUACAUCAUGGUGCUGAAGUGGCCGAAUCGGACAGGAUGCAACUGCAAUCAUUUAUCAUGAACGUUUCAGCAAGCCGCUUAGAAAGGAAAUGCAGCUGGAACUGUGGAUUGUGUUGGACCUGUAUGGAAGUGCAAUAUUGUAAUAUUUUCUGUUCAUUACAACUUAUAUUUUGUCAUGUGUAUAUUAAUACUUUUAGUAAGAUUAUCAGAAAUAAGAAUUAUUUGAAGACAACACCCAGUUCAAGGGUUGAAAUUAGCCCAGAAGUUAGAAUAUUAAAAAAAACAGUGAAAAACUGUAAUCAAUCACGUGGCAAAAUAUACAUUUAGAUGUUAACAUUUGUUUGCUACAAAGGGCCAAAAAAGCAGAUCUUCAAUUGUAAAUCAUUUUUGUCCCAUGGAAAGCCUGGUCAUUUGUCACCAGCCAAGUCACUUGCCAACGAUACUGGCUGUAGUGUUUUAUGAGUUUGACUGUUUAACUGUAGUUUUACCUGUUUUACCACAACACUCCUUUUACAUUGGCUGUUUGAAUUGGCACAAAACCAAAAAUACUAACUCUCAGAUCACUUGAAUACUUUGUAAUUUUCUUCAGUAUUUUGCUAUAUUUAUUCCUCCAAAUGUUAGAAUUUUUUUUUUUUCUUUUUUUUUUUUUGCAUUUAAGCGGGAAGUAACACUGGGUUUGUCUUUGGGUUUUUUUUUUUUUUUACUUAAACCGCCCCAAAUUCCUGAUUUUGUUUUGUAAAUAUAUGUUUGGUGAGGAGAUUAUUUUAAUUUUCAGCUGAUACUGAUUUGACAUUGUAUUUCAUCGCCCCAUAUUGGGGAGAAUCAGAGGGAUGUUCAAGUAAUUAUUUGUAUUUACAGUUUGCAUUUUAAAAUAAAUCUUUUU